UGAUCUGCUUUUGUGCUAAAAUGGAGGCUGGCCUCUCGCCCUGAGUGGAUCGCCUUCCUGGUUGAGGUUUAGAUGUUGACAUGCAAUAAAGCUGGAGACAGGAUGGUUGUGGAUGCACCUAAUUCCAAUGGGCCUUUUCAGCCGGUGGCUCUUAUGCACUUCAGAGAUGUGGCCCCCGCAGAGCAGGAGAAGCUCUUCAUCCAGAAGCUACGGCAGUGCUGUGUUCUUUUUGACUUCCUGUCCGACCCGCUGAGCGACCUGAAAUGGAAGGAGGUGAAGCGGGCGGCGCUCAGCGAGAUGGUGGAGUACAUCACCCACAACAGGAAUGUCAUCACAGAGCCCAUCUACCCGGAGGUGGUGCACAUGUUUGCUGUGAAUAUGUUCAGAACAUUGCCUCCAUCGUCCAACCCCACUGGAGCAGAGUUUGACCCAGAAGAAGAUGAGCCAACACUUGAAGCUGCAUGGCCACACCUCCAGCUCGUCUAUGAAUUUUUCCUUAGGUUUUUAGAAUCGCCUGACUUUCAGCCUAACAUAGCAAAGAAAUACAUUGACCAGAAAUUUGUUAUGCAGCUCCUAGAACUAUUUGACAGCGAAGAUCCCAGAGAGAGAGACUUCCUUAAAACUACCCUCCACAGGAUCUAUGGAAAGUUUCUGGGGCUAAGAGCAUACAUCAGAAAACAGAUCAAUAACAUUUUCUAUAGGUUUAUCUACGAGACAGAGCACCAUAAUGGUAUAGCUGAACUACUGGAAAUACUUGGAAGCAUAAUCAAUGGAUUUGCCUUACCACUAAAAGAAGAGCACAAGAUUUUCCUGUUGAAGGUUUUAUUGCCUCUGCACAAAGUCAAAUCACUCAGUGUCUACCAUCCACAGCUGGCCUACUGCGUGGUGCAGUUUUUGGAAAAGGACAGCACUCUAACUGAGCCGGUGGUAAUGGCUCUUCUAAAGUACUGGCCAAAGACUCACAGUCCUAAAGAAGUGAUGUUCCUCAAUGAGCUGGAGGAGAUUCUGGAUGUCAUCGAGCCCUCUGAGUUUGUUAAGGUGCAGGAGCCUCUCUUCAGACAGCUGGCCAAAUGUGUGUCCAGCCCACACUUCCAGGUUGCAGAGAGAGCUCUGUACUACUGGAACAACGAGUACAUCAUGAGUCUGAUUAGCGACAACGCAGCUAAGAUUCUGCCGAUCAUGUUCCCCGCUCUGUACCGCAACUCAAAGACCCACUGGAAUAAGACCAUCCACGGCCUCAUUUACAACGCUCUGAAGCUUUUCAUGGAGAUGAAUCAGAAGCUCUUUGAUGAUUGCACACAGCAGUUCAGGGCUGAGAAAAACAAAGAGAAGGCAAAGUCAAAAGAACGUGAAGAGGCUUGGAUCAAGAUCGAGAACCUCGCCAAAUCAAACCCACAGUUCUCUAUGUAUGUUGAUUCCUCUGACCUCAAUAGUCCUGUAGCAAUGGAGACGGAUGUUCCUUUGAUAGAAGAUGUUCAGAGGUUAAAAAAGACAGUUGAGGAGGGCGCGACUCAGUUGCAGCAUGACCAGCGGAAAGAGCGGCCUAUGGUGCGACGCAAAUCUGAGUUGCCUCAGGAUAUCUACACCACAAAAGCCUUGGAGUCCCACCGCAGAGCUGAAGAGAUGUUGACCACCCACGAUGGACUCUAGGUCCCACGACCUACCGGCUCUUGGUUCAACUGCCCCUCCUUACUCCUUACCCUCAACAGCCAUGGACAUCCUUUUAGCCUGGUCGCCAGAAUUAAACUGGUGACCCACGUUGGGCUCUCCAUCCCUCUUCCCACCAUCAGUUUACCCAGAAUCCUUAGUUCUUCUCCAUUCCUGCUGCCCUGACCCUAUCAUCAGUGCAGCACACUGGGCUUAUGACCAGUGCACAAACCCUGUAUUCACCUCCCUCAGAUUUCUGCUUUCUCAGGUUAAUUUUUUUUUUAUUAUUAUUUUAAGAGGGGCGGGAGUGUGUUUGUGUGUCUUUUUAGCCUUCGCCACAUUCAGUGUGCUCUCCCAUUAUUUUUGCAUCAGUUCUUCCCACCCUCCUUUUUCCCUCCAUCCCCACGUGCGCUCACUGUAAAUGUGGAACCCGGGACUAAGGACGCCACAGCGCUGGUUCCUUCAUUCCUUCUUGCAUACAUGUUCACAAAGGAUUAGGACAUGGAAACAUAGGAACUGACUGACUCACUGUCUAAGGAUCCUCUUUUGGUCUCUGCUUGGUUUUCUUUUCUGUCAAAGGGAACAAAAACAGAACCUGUUGGUCAAAUGAAAGACAAGACUUUCCUGUCAUCUGUUGUAUGUAUUUUUUUUCUUCCCUUUUUUUCCCUUUUUUUUCGGGCUCAAUCUAACAGACAUCUUGUCGGUGCCAAGUGUUCUUCUAUGUUUAUUUUGGUUCAUGGGUAUGUAUCUGUGACUUUAACAGGGACACUUGCCUUUGUUUUUGGUCACUAGUGUUUGAAAGAUUUAUUGUUGUUGUUGUUUUUUUUCAGUUUAGCACACUUAAGACCAAACUGAGGCCUGUCCUUAGCCUUGCAAUGUCCAGGAAGACAUCGAAGGAAAGGGGAAGUUGUCCUGUGGACAUCUGUCACUUUCCGUUUAUUGUUUUGUGCCAUAUGCCGCUCUUUUAUAUGCUUGCUUCCUUAUGUUCACUGGCAAUAUUUGAAAAGCAGACCACAGUGAUGCCUAGAAAGUUCAAACAAUGGUACUUACUAUAUUUGAGUUUUGUAGAUGAUGGAUAAACCUAAAUGAAAGCUAUAUGUCUUGCUAUUAGGUCACCUAAGUUGCAGUAUCAAUAUCUGGACAUGUGAGCACUCAGUUGCACAUAACAGCUGCAUAUUGAAUAGAGAGGACAGCACAGAUGUGGGAUGUUCAAGCUUAGUAUGUACACAGUAUACUGUAUAAUGAAUAUCUUUGUAAAGGAAAUAUAAUCAGAGAUCAUUUUUUAUUAUAUUGAAUGGAAGAGACAGAUCUGUACUGUCACACAGCUCCACUCACUGUCAGGUUUUAGAAGCCGUAACAAAGUUAGGACUUUCAUUCUUUGUUGCUUUUUUCAAGAGUAUGAUGGUGGUAUUGUCUGCUUUAAAGAUUUUAAAUCACAGAAUUAAUUUAUUAUUAAACAUAAGCUAGUUAGUAGCUAUUAAUGACAAAUUAUAUCAAAUGACAAAUGAUUAAUGCACACAAUUACUUGAGAACUACCAAAACCAAAAAUCACUUCCUCAAAAUUUAAAGUUGCUACUGUUCCUGAUUUCAGUUGUCUGGUUUGCGGAUUGUGUGUGUUAUAUCCUUCUCAGUGAGGAAGUUCCUGAUUAGGUUAGAAAAUAUCUUGCAGUCAGUACCAUUGUUUAAACUAAGGAGGUCUGCUAGAGUUCUUCAUAUUUGAUGUGCUGUAUUUCUUUGUCUUGUCCCUGGAGGUUACUAGCGUGGAUGUCAGGUUUUGGAGGGUUUUUUUGUCCCUGGCCAUUCAGAUGCUGAAACAGACUGGUAUCAAAUGGCCACAAAAAUGCCAGAUGCUGAAAAUAAACUGACAUUGUUACUUGGCUUGUUAAUUGUAUUAAUACUGUAUUUGCUUGAAUGCAAAAAGAUGUAAAUUAAAACUACCAUGUUAAACAUGUACCUUUUACCCUGGAGGAAUGCCAUUCACCAAACUGAUUUAUUUCUGUUGUUGAGGUCAUUGCAUUUAAAAAACAGUCCUGCUUGUUCGGAGAGAUGUUUUAUGGAUUUUAUGAGUUUGAGUCUGAGCUUUUAGAAGUUUAUUUUAGUGCUGAUAAACAAGUCGUCCACAAUAAUGAAAGAUGAUUUAAAAAUUAUUCGGUGGCUUGUUCUCAUUCUGCAGGAUCUUUGCAGAUCUUUUAAUUUUAACAUAUUAUUUCCAAAACAUGAUAACUUAAAGUGUCCUUUUGUAUGUGACCUGUACUAUAUGAUUCAUUUAAUAUUGUAUAUAUGAUUUACCUUGUUUCAUGUAGUGUUAUAUAUCUAGAUUAAUUUUGUACAAAUUGUCCCUCCUGUACAGAAUAAAACAUCAAUAGCAAGUGAAAGAAAGUCGAUCUGGCACAUACCGUCUUAUUUUCCCGUUUUGUGUUGGUCCUUUUGCAACACAAGGAUUUAGAUGAUUCUCAUUUUUAAUGUUGAAAUCUGUAAAGUUUCCUCCCUCCUCUAAAUAACUGACAAAUGUUCAUGCCUGUUGUGUGCUCCUUUCGCUGUAUUUAGUGGUGUACAACUAUAAAGAAUGGAUAAAGAGAUUAUUUGUAUAUUUUCAACCAUGCAUUAUUUUGGCUUUACUUGACUGAUAGAGCACACAUCAUGAAUUACUUUUUUGAAACAUACAGUGCAUGUGUACCGCAAUAUAAAUACU